GGGGGGGGCUGUCUAAGUUCGCUUCACCUACAAAAGCGCGGGCCCCACCCAUAAACCCAGUUCUCUCCAUCGCAAUCCGCCCAAGCGCGCACCCACACGCACAUAUAUAUAUACAGACUUAGAGUCCAUCAUGACCUUUUUCUUCCUUUCAAAGUCUCGGUGAUUUUGGGAGCUGAUAUGGAUUCUUUUACCAGAUAUUUUUAGAGGAAUUUGUUUGUCCCUGUUCAUGUACCUUGGGAGUGGAGAUAGAAAAAGGGGGCUGAUCUGAGCACCCAACUUAGAUCAUCGCUCGGAAUCUGCAGGCCUUUUUUUAUUACUAAUGGUGCCGUACUUGCUGUUUGUUAAUGGUUUUUAGGUUGGUUUGCUUUACUCACUGGGCCUGACUUGGGAGAGUAAGGCCGGUUCUGGUUGUGGGUAUUUUAGUUUCCAGUCGGUGGCGGUGGAAUUGAAAGGUGUUUUUGCUUCAACUAUAUACCAGGUCUCUCUCUGUCUCUCUCUCAUUGAAUCUUAUUUCUUCUAGGGUAAAGUUUACUUGUCUGUUUUCAUCUUUUCUUGGGUGUUAGUUUCUUUUCUUUCCCUAAAGAUCUAAGGGUGGAAGAGUCCGGAGUAUGGAGCAAGGAUUGGAGACUUGGAGGUUUUGGGUCGAAGGGUGAGUUGGAUCUUGAGUAAAAUAGGCGUGGCAGAUGUAGAAAUCAAGAAUAUCGAUUUUAGGACUUCUUGAUGAUCCCGUGUUGCAGUCCUGAAGAUUCUAGGUGUAGAUGACGAGGACUUGAAAUUUGGGUGCUUUUAUACUUCUUUUUUUUUUUUCUCUCCAAGUCAGUUGGUGCAAUGGUAAAACCAUUUGCUUUUUUGUGGUUGGUUCCUUUUCUACUUGUCUGUGUUUCUGCAAUUGACAAUGGGUUCACGCACUGUCACUGUGAUGAUGAGGGGCUUUGGAGCGUGAACAAUAUUCUGGAGUGCCAAAAAGUGAGUGAUUUCUUGAUUGCAGUGGCCUAUUUCUCGAUCCCCCUCGAGUUACUCUAUUUUGUGAGCUGCUCCAAUGUGCCGUUCAAAUUGGUACUUGUACAAUUCAUUGCAUUCAUAGUCCUCUGUGGGUUGACCCAUUUGCUCAAUGGCUGGACAUAUUAUGGUCCUCACUCUUUCCAGUUGAUGCUGGCAUUAACCGUUGCGAAAAUCCUCACGGCUCUCGUGUCGUGUGCAACGGCAAUAACGCUUCUGACUUUGAUCCCUCUUCUUCUUAAAGUGAAAGUGAGAGAGCUUUUCUUGAGGCAGAAUGUGUUAGAGCUAGACCAAGAGGUGGGGAUGAUGAAGAAACAGAAAGAAGCAAGUUGGCAUGUUCGAAUGUUGACGCAGGAAAUCAGGAAGUCACUGAAUAAGCUCACUAUACUCCACACCACCCUGGUAGAGCUUUCCAAUACAUUGGAUCUACAAAAUUGUGCAGUCUGGAUGCCGAAUGAAAAGAGAACAGAAAUGCACUUGACUCAUCAGUUGAAAAGGAGUUCUUCAACCAGUUAUGGCCAAUUUCUUCCAAUUAAUGACCCGGAUGUGUUAGAUAUAACAAACAACAAGGGAGUGAGGAUUUUGAGGCCAGAUUCGUCACUUGGGUCUGCGAGUAGUGGUGGGUCUUCUGAGUUUGGUGCUGUGGCAGCAAUUAGGAUGCCAAUGCUUUGUGUUUUGAAUUUUAAGGGAGGAACUCCAGAGUUUGUUGAGACUCCUUAUGCCAUAUUGGUUUUGGUUCUUCCAAAUGGAAAUGGUGGAGACUGGAGCUAUAAUGAGAUGGAGAUAGUGGAAGUAGUUGCUGACCAAGUGGCUGUGGCUCUUUCCCAUGCUGCCGUUCUUGAAGAAUCCCAACUAAUGAGGGAAAAACUGGAAGAGCAGAAUCGCAUGCUACAGCAGGCUAAGCAGAAUGCUAUGAUGGCAAGCCAGGCAAGGAACACCUUCCAAAAAGUGAUGAGCCAUGGAAUGAGAAGACCCAUGCACUCAAUCUUGGGCCUACUUUCAAUGUUUCAAGAUGACAGUUUGAACUCUGAACAAAGGAUUGUUGUGGACACGAUGGUGAAAACCGGCAGUGUCCUCUCUACUCUAAUAAAUGAUGUAAUGGAUAUUUCACCCAAAGGUACUGGUCAAUUUCCUCUUUCAAUGAGGCCUUUUCGUCUGCAUUCUAUGAUCAAGGAAGCUUCCUGUCUUAUAAAGUGCUUGUGUGCUUACACCGGAUUUGGUUUUGCUCUAGAUGUUCAGAGCUCCUUGCCCAACCAGGUGAUAAGUGAUGAGAAGAGGGUCUUUCAGAUCUUAUUGCAUAUGGUUGGUCACCUACUGAACAUCAGUGGCCAAGGAGGCUCUCUCACCUUUCGGGUAGUUUCUGAUGGAGGGAAUAAUGGCAGGAAAGAUAAAACUUGGGGAAUAUGGAGACCAACUGCAAAUGAAGAGUAUGUGACCAUAAAAUUCGAAAUUGAAGUUGGUGAUGGAAGUUCCCAAUCAAGUGAUAGUUCCAUAACUACCAUACAUUUUGCUGGUAGGAGGCACAAUACCAACAAUUUCAAGGAGGGCCUGAGCUUCAGCAUGUGCAGAAAGCUUGUGCAGAUGAUGCAAGGCAAUAUUUGGGUAUCCUCAAAUUUUCAGGGUCAUACACAAAGCAUGACUCUUGUUCUCAGGCUUCCAAUCCAACCAUCUCAGAGAGCUAUUUUCGAACAAGGAAAUUUGUUAGAGCAACCAAAAUCCAACUCUAUGUUCAGAGGCCUUAAAGUUAUUUUAGCAGAUGAUGAUGAUGUAAACAGGACAGUGACAAAAAAGCUGCUUGAGAAACUUGGUUGCCGUGUAUCUGCUGUUUCAUCUGGAUUUGAAUGUUUGAGCGCUCUUGGCCCUACUGGCAAUUCAUUUCAAGUUGUAGUUCUAGAUCUUCAAAUGCCUGAAAUGGAUGGGUUUGAAGUUGCUAUUAGAAUCCGAAAGUUCCGGAGCCACAAUUGGCCAUUGAUCAUAGCCCUAACUGCGAGUGCCGAGGAAAAUGUGUGGGAGAGAUGCCUACAAACUGGAAUGAAUGGAGUCAUCCGGAAACCUGUACUCUUACAAGGAAUGGCUGACGAGCUUCGAAGAGUCCUUCAACAGGCAAAUGAUGGAGUUGUCAAAUAGUAAAUUCAGAUGAUUUUCUGCAAAAUAUUUUGGGGGUUAUUGGAUGGAGUCACCUCCAAGAUACCAGCAUGGAGUUGCUAGCAGUAUUUUACUGGAAAAGAACAAAAUGUUACUGCUAGCUUCCUCUGACAUGUUAAUUAUUAGUUCCUCCUGCUUCAACUUUAUUGGAUGAAUAAAAAUUAUCAGUUUUAAAUGAA